AUGGAAGGCAACAGCCAAGCGUACACCAACAGUCGAUAUCCUACCCCUGGACUCGACGCCGCGACAUGGGUCAGCGUGCUCGAGGAAUUUAAAUCAGUCCUCGGAGACGAAGUUGUCUUAACUGGGCAUGAGCAUCGCCUCCGCUACAAUGACCCAUAUUCAGAGGGAUCCGACGAGCAGGGGAAACGCGGAAGCUCAGCGACUCUGUUUCCUGUCACCGUCGAGCAUAUCCAGGCUGUUCUGAAGAUCUGCAACAAGCACAAGAUCCCCCUGUGGACUGUGUCGCGGGGGAAAAACCUGGGCUAUGGUGGCCCUGCCGCAAGGGGUUCCAUAAUUCUCGACCUGCAAUGUAUGCGCAAAGUGAUUGAAAUCAAUGACCGCUACUCUUAUUACACCGUUGAGCGUGGUGUCACCUUCUGCGACAUCUACCAGGAAAUCCAAGAGCAAAAGAAAAACAUAUGGUGCUCCGUGCCGGCCCUAGGCUGGGGUUCUGUCGUCGGCAACGCUUUGGAUAGAGGCUGGGAUGGGAGCGUUGUACGGACUGGUGCUGGCGCGAUUGACAAGUCUCCCUGCUGGCCGCUGUUCCGUGGCGGCUAUGGGCCCACAUACGAGAGCAUGUUCAGUCAAAGCAACUUUGGUAUCGUAACAAAGCUUACGCUUUGGGCAUCGCCCAGUCCGGAGGGCUUUAUGGCUUGUCGCAUUGAUGUCGAGAAUGAGGAGGAUCUUUCACCACUGAUAGAUGGAUUCCGCGAUCUCCUGCUUCGCGAUGUAAUCCAAAAUCACCCCUUGAUCGAGAAUAUCCCCCGCGAGAUAAUCAAGCGUGGACAGCGCCAGGAUUUUUAUGAUGGCGAAGGUACGAUUCCGGACGCUCAAUUGAAAGAGAUCCAAAAGCAGCUAGGGAUUGGGUUUUGGUCUGCGAGAUUUGGACUAUAUGGUCCUAAGGAAAUGAUCGAAUACAACUGGAAGAGAUGUCAAAAAGUAUUCGACAAACUUCCCGGUGCAAAACUUACAGGCAAGGCAUACUACCCUCCUGUGGAAAAAGAGAUUUUGAGUCCAAAAGAUAUUCCUUUGCCAGAGCGCUCUGUCGAGACUGGCACUCCUAAUCUCAUGGCUCUGAAAGCCGUUGAGUAUCGCGGCAAGGAUGGUGGCCACAUCUCCUUUUCUCCUGUUCUACCCCCCGAGGGCAGCUGCGCCAUGGCAUUCUAUCGUGAUGUGAAGCCCCUGUGUGCCCACCAUGGCUUUGACUAUUUUAGUGGCCUCCAUCUCUACCCCCGCCAUCUCACUAUGAUCAACAUGAUUUACUUCGACCGCACAUCGGAUAACGAGCGUGCCAAUGCCAACAAGCUCUUUGUGGAUCUUGUGAAUCUUGCACGAAAACAUGGAUACAGCGAGUACCGUGCCCACAUCGACUUGUUGCCGAUC